AUGGAUUCUCUCAAGCAAGGUGUCAACUACGUCUCCGAGUCUGUGAAGCAGGCUACCAGUGGAGCGUCCAAGGAGACCAACAAGCAAGUUGCCAAGGAUGGUGAUGCCCCCAUUGGCACUCGUGCCUCUGCUGCCAAGGACGCCGUUGGUGACAAGUUCGACGAGCAUAAGCACGAUGCUAAGGCUGAGGCUCACAAGCAGCAGAUCUAA